AUGAGUGAUCCAGCUGAUGUUUUAGAUGCUCAAGAUGCAGUUUUUGAAAUCUAUGUUCGUAUGAAUGAUGAUUCAGAAAAAGAUUAUUGUUUUAAUGUUACUAUAAAUGAUUCAUUUGAUAAAUUGUUGAAAAUUUUUGAUUCAUUAAAAAUUAGUCUUAGACCAAGUAUUUUUUAUAAUCAAAGACCAAUUGGUUUUAAAAUUUCUAAAUCACCUGGUUAUUUAACUGAUAAUGGUGGUUUAUUAUUUGAUAAUAAUGCUGAUAAAUUAACCCAGAAUGUUAAAUUAUCUGAUAAAAUUAGUGAUUAUUGUUGGCCAGGUCAAUUAGUUUUACCAAUUUGGGAAGAGAAUUAUUUUUUGUCAUAUUCAAUAAUUUCAUUGUUAUUGGUUUGGUUAUAUACUGAUUUACCAGAUUUUAUUAGUCCAACUCCUGGUAUUUGUUUAACAAAUCAAUUGAGUAGAUUUUUUGCAAAUUUAGCACAACAUUUUAAUUAUGAUAAAUUAGCUCAAGAUUUAUUUGCAGAAAUUCAACCACAUCAAAGUACAAAAUUAAUUCAAAUUUUCUUUUUUAUAAUUCAUAUUGUUAAGAUUGCAUUUCUUUAUUUUGCACUUUCAUUAGGAAUUUUCAAUCCAUAUACUAUUAAUCCAAUUAAAAUGAGAAAAAUUGUUGCACAUGAUAAAUUAGAUGAAGCUAAAAAAUUAGAAUUAAUUGCAUUAGGUUGGACAGGUACAAGAAGAUCAACAUUAGAUGAAUAUAGAGAAUUUUAUAAAGAUUUUAAAAUUAAACAAGUUGGUGGAAUUGUUAAAGCAAGUAAAUUAGGAUUAUUUGAAAAAUUAAGAGAACCUGGUGUUUUCUUAGAUGAUGGAGAAGGAUUCCAAUCUGAUUUAAAUAAUACUACAUCAUUAAAAGAUUUAGAAUUAGAUUCAAGUAAAUUUAUAUUAAAUUUUGAUUGGUUUGCAAUUAUUGGUGAAAAUUAUGAAUAUUAUUUAGAUAAUGAAUCAAAAGAUAAAGGUCAAGAUGUUCGUAAUUAUAGAAGAUAUGGUCCAUUAAUUUCAAAUGAACGUAUUGAAAAAAUUGUUCAAGGAAGAAAAGAUAAAGGUAAAGAAUUAAAGAAAGAGAAAUGA